AUGUCACAACCGAUCCGGAGCCGACCGGCCAGAGGUUCUGCUACGCGCGUGCGCACCGGCAGUAGAACCCUAGCGGCAUGCAUUCGGUUUGCUGAGAUAGUCUCACAGUGUGAUGAACAAAUUCCAGCUUGCAGUAGCUGUCUGCGCAACAAUACUGUCUGCCUCGUGGAGGACCCCGUCACAAAGCGACAUCAGCCCCGAAACUAUCUCGAACUCCUAGAACAGCGAGUUCUCACUCUGGAGCGUCAGUUGCACGAGACAAACUCCAUUCUGACCAACACGUGUACUCCGCUCGAUGUUCCCCCGCUCACCGCAGACCAGUCAGUUACGGACUCUAACCGACCUACUGAGACCGACGCGGAUAGCCAUGCAGAUGACCUGGCCUCUAUGGUUGGGACCUUGAGCCUGAACGCGGCUGGAGCCGAGCCCAGCUAUCUAGGACCUUCCUCCACCUUCGCCUUCACCAGAUUCCUGAAGCUAUCGAUGCGCCAGGCGAUCGGUCCACUAUCGCCAAAUGUGUCUGAGCAAGACCCUGACCGGUAUAACGCGCUGGCACCGGACCCAUGUCUACUGCCGGACUACCAAACGGCUCGUCAAUUGAGCAAUGCAUACUUUGAAAAUGUGCACGCGCAGUACCCAUUCUUACAUGAACAGACGUUUAGGGAAUGGGAAGCUGCGUUAGCAGAUCCAUCGGAGGCUGCCGCCGCUUGGAACCUUGGCUUCUUGCCUCUGUAUUUUCUCAACAUGGUCUACGCUGUUGGGGCUACUUUGCUCCCGAAUAUGGGCUACGCCGCAGAACAGCUCUAUGCCUCAGCCAUGCUCUACAUAGACGACAUCAUCAGUCAUGACAACCUGGAAUCAAUACAGGCCGUCCUGUGCUGCGCCGUCUACUCCAUACGUUCUACGAAAGGCAUAUCGCAUUGGAAGUUGGCUGGACAGGCAUUGCGCCAAUGCAUCAAUCUCGGCUAUCAUCGCGAUCACAAGCGUUUCAAAUCGGGUGUCAGUCCCUUCCAACAAGAGAUGCGAAAGCGCGUCUUUUGGAGUGCGUAUGUAAUGGAAUGCGCAGCCGCCGUGAUGUUGGGACGACCUCUAGGCCUUCAUUUCGAGGAGAUUGACGUCGAGGUAAAGCGUCACUGUUUCCAUGUCUGCCGAGCAGCUGUUAACGUCGAAAAGUACCCUCUUGAUAUUGAGGAAUCUCAACUUGUACCAGACGGUGUAAUAGGAUCAGCUCGUUCCUCCACAGACACCCCGACGAUGAUGACCUACGCAAUCCAUGGCUUCAAAGUCCGCAUUCUCCUAGGCCGCAUACAGACCGCGCUGUACUCAGACUGUACAAUCAUCAGUACGGAGGAACGUCAAAAACGGAUUCAAAAGCUAUCGCUCGAGCUCGACAAAUGGUGGGCCGAAUGCCCUCAGCCCAGGGCACCUCCGAGGGGCGGUGCCUUGUCGUUCUACCGGACGCCGGACUUUUACGAGAUCAACCGAAACUACGCGAUACUGAUGUUGUACCGCACGCAGAUGACGGACACCAAAACACCUGCCCCGGACGAGGUCUUCCUGAAGUGCAUGCAGGCCGCCCAGAACACGUGCCACAGCUGUCGCCGCCAGUUCCUCGGCAAGAAGACGGCGUACACUUGGGGCGCGGUCCACGAGCUGUUCCUGGCGGGAUUGACGUACGUAUACUGUCUAUGGACGUCCGCGGCGGCCAGGGCGGCGUCGCGACAGGACCAGGCGAGCAGCGUGUGCACGGAUUGCACAAUGGUUCUUGUGAUUCUGGCGGAGCGAUGUAAGGACGCGGCGCCCUAUCGGGACAUCUUCGAGGUGCUCGCGAGCCGGACCAUGACCAUGCUGGCGGAUCUGCAGCAGGGCAAAGCCGUCGAGACUGUUGCCAUUUCUCACGGCCAGAGAUACUGCCCGGAGGAGUUGCCCCAGUGGAUGGAGGGAAUCACGCACACUGGGUAUGCCUCCGGCGUGGACCGGCUUCUGAGCGAGCUGAUCGACGAGUGUCCCGCAUCUGAGGCAACCCAAUAUGAACCGCUAAGCUGGAAUACCUAG